AUGACUGAUAACGGUCCUCCAUUUGGAUCUUACGACUUCAGUGAAUUUGCACAGAACUAUGGGUUUGAACACAUUACAAGUUCUCCCCACUACCCUCAGUCAAACGACAAGGUAGAAUACGCAGUCACAACUGCAAAGCCAAUCAUGGAAAAGUCUAUUGAGGAUGAGCGAGAUCCCUAUUUGGCACUUCUGAAUUUGAGAAACACACCAAUUGAAGGCCCAGAUUGUUCUCCAGCUGCGCUUGUAAUCAAUAUGAGAACGAAGACUCAAUUAUCAAUGUCAGCAUCGUUGUUGGAACCUAUGGUACCUAAUAAUAUCAAUGAAAAACAAACUCAUCACAAAGCAAAACAGUCAUUCUACUAUGACCGUAACACCAAAAAACUCGCUUCUCUGAAAGCAGGCGAUUCUGUUUUUAUUUGA